GGGCCACUGUGUGCACAUACCUGUUUUCGUGGAUGCUUACUCGAAUCUGACUUUUGUCAAGAUAGCUAUUCUUCAUCGAUGUUUGACGAGUGAUACGAAAUAAGGUGUUUUUGCAUUUGUGUCAAGACGUUUUUGAAUUUCUUGGAAACUUUGUGAUAGGUAGCGCGAAAGGAAGGUGAUCUCGAUCACGGUCUGAUGUGUGGUUCUUUUGUCCUACCAGUUUGGCUGAUGGCGUGAAGAAGCAAGGUAAAGGCAAGGCUUUAGCGCGUAUUUUAUGCUUGCUUGUUUCCUUAAUUUCUUUUUAACGUGCCCCCAGCGUAUUUCUGAGGCAAGGCAGAGGUGUUCUGAAACUGAUAGAACCUAGAUCCGGAUUAUAUAUAUAUAUAUAUCAUAUAUAUGUAUUCCUGAAAAUUUUCUAUGAAUGCCGAACUAUGCUGCUUUGUCUCCUUCCUCCCCCAAGAGAAGCGGCCCAUAAAAUUAACUAGAUAAAUAUAUACAAAUAUAUUACCCAAUCCUCUAUUGGUUGGGUUGCGGUUGUUGUGGCUCUGGUCUUGCUCUUGCAAUGUGCAGUUUUCCUUUUUUUUUGAGGGAUGCAAUACACGAUUCUAUUUCGUAAACGGGUUUCUUUUUCUUUCUCUUUCUUUUGUCUUUUUUUUUUUUUUUGUGUGUGUGUGGGGUGGGUGCACCUUCGUCUACUUGUCGAGAUGCCAUCCUGUUCCUUUUUAGUGCAUUCCUCACAGAGUAUUACCGCCGAUCGUCGACGUUAAAAGGUCCUCCUUAUGUUUCCACAUCCUCCGCUUCCACGGCCCAAAGAGGGAGAGGCGAAGAGGUCGACGACGGGUUCCUUUCCCCUUCCAGGUACCUCUCGCUCGGUGUACCGCGUGUUGCUGACGGGAAUCCCGCGGGAGGUCGACCUGGAGGAGUUUUACGCCCACCUCCGCGUCCACCUCCCCCCUCGCGCGUUGCCCAGCCUCGUCAACGCCCUCCUCCUCCGCGUUCCCGCGGCGGGGGAUGGGGAUGACCACCCGCGUCUCCCGGCGUCCUCCUCGGCGUCGCGAAAGCGCGGGCGGGCCGUGGGGUCGCGUCGGAGCACCGGCGCCGCGUUCGUGGAUUUCUCGUCGAAGGCCGCGGCGGAGGGGGCACUCAGCGGGGGGGUUUUCAUCGCGGGAGCGGCGCUGCGUUGGCGGCCCCUCGGCACCGUCGUGGAAGGGUGUGAAGGGGGAAGGGGAGCCUUCGUGGCCGCCGAGGAGGCCGGGCGACGCGCCUACGUGGCCUUGGCGGGGGGAAAAAUUCGCGGGAAUGAAAGCGAAACCGAAAAUUUUAGGCAGGGGGGGCAUGUGAUGGAAACACGCGGCGUCGCGGCGGAGGAGGUGGAGGUGGAGCUGCGUCUCGUCGCGGACCGCCCGCUCGCCCGGUUUUAUCCCCUCAACGGCGACGGGGGGGGGAGGUUAUUCCACGACCUCGAGCGCGCGCUACGGCAGGUGGCGAUGGGUGCCCUCUGCUCUCUCCGACGUAUUUCCGAUACCGAGGUGCACAUCACGGUGGAUCGCGAAACCGCCCAUUAUUUUAUCGAAAAAGAGGCGACCAAAUCUCGAUCCGCGAAACUGUGCUCAGUGGUAACGACUUCUGCCGUGAAUUCUUCAAAGAACGACGCUGAUCGGGAGGAUCAUCGCCCUGGUGACGAUUCUACAACCUCAGAGGGGUCUGAACCUCAUGCAAGUCAUGCGAAGAAUGAAGAGGCAGUGGUGUGGUGGGAGCUGCGACGUGCUCGCCCUUCUUUAGAUUUGGGCUCGGUGCUAUCGAACGGGAAUCUUAGCUUGGCUUCUAAGAGCGAAGUUCUUGCAUCGAUGGCGCGUCUUAUGGAACGCACAUCCGGGAAGUUCGGGGCUAUUCGUGAUGCUUAUGGAAAUCUAUUAUUUCCUAACUAG